AUGUCCACUAAGUUAGAACAACAUUACCAAAAAACCAUUGAUGGUAUGACUUUGGAACAAUUGAGAGAUAUCCUUGUCUCUCCAGAAUCUAAGUUGGCUAACAGAUUCAGAUCUUUAUUCAAUUUAAAGUGUGUUGCCGAAGACUGGGCCAAUGAUUCUGCAAAUGCUACCUUAGCUGUUCAAUACAUGAACGAAACUUUCGCUGACAAGAGUGAAUUAUUGAAGCACGAAGUUGCUUACGUUUUGGGUCAAACCAAAAACAUGAGUGCUUGUCCUAAAUUGAGAGAAGUUACCUUGGAUCAAAGCCAACAACCAAUGGUUAGACACGAAGCUGCUGAAGCUUUGGGUGCCUUAGGUGACCAAGAAUCCGUGACUAUGUUGAGAAAGGCUGCUUGUGAAGAUCCACACAUUGCUGUUAGAGAAACCUGUCAAUUAGCUGCUGAUAGAAUCGUAUGGGCUCAUUCUGAUGCUGCUACUAGAGAAAAAUUACAAACUUCUUUGUACUCUUCUACCGAUCCAGCUCCACCAUUAUCUUUAGAAAAGAAAUAUGAUGUUGAGAGUUUGAAAAGUCUAUUGAAUGAUCAAAAGGCUUCUUUAUUCAUGAGAUACAGAGCUAUGUUCAGAUUAAGAGAUGUUGGUACCGAUGAAGCUUGUAAAGCUUUAGCCUCUGGUUUUAACGAUCCUUCUGCUUUAUUCAAGCAUGAAAUUGCUUAUGUCAUGGGUCAAAUGGGUAACCCAAUCAGUGUUCCAUUCUUAGUCGAAGUCUUGGGUCGUUUCGAAGAAGCUCCAAUGGUUAGACACGAAGCUGCCGAAGCUUUAGGUGCUAUUCACUCCCCAGAAGUUGUUCCUGUCUUAAAGGGUUACUUAAACGAUCCAGUUGAUGUUGUCAGAGAAUCUGCCAUUGUUGCUUUGGAUAUGUACGAAUAUGAAAACUCAAACGAAUUCGAAUACGAUCCUACCAAAUAA